GGGACCGCUACAUCGUGGCCGAUUGUGGCGGGGGAACCGUGGAUCUGACCGUCCAUCAGAUCGAACAGCCCCAGGGCACCUUGAAAGAGCUCUACAAGGCGUCAGGUGAGGCUGGUGGGGAGGGGCUCUUGGGGGUGCACACUGAUCUACAGAUAUCCUCGAGAACAGCUCCGACGCUCCAGGCACAGCCGGACCUUCCUGAUCGAGUCCGGGACGACCUCAUGAAGAAGCCCGAGGUGAAAGACAUCAAAUUCUUCUUCCUGGUGGGCGGAUUUGCCGGGUCGGCCAUUUUGCAGCACGCCGUCCAAUCUGCCUUCAGCAGCUCCUGCCGAGUCAUCAUCCCUCAAGAUGUGGGGCUGACCAUCCUCAAAGGGGCUGUGCUCUUUGGCCUGGACCCCACCAUCGUCCGGGUGAGGCGUUCGCCCUUGACCUACGGCGUCGGGGUCCUGAACAAGUUCGUGGAAGGGAAACACCCCAAGGAGAAGUUGCUGGUUAAGGAAGGGAAGAACUGGUGCACCGACAUCUUCGAGAAGUUUGUCUCGGUGGACCAGUCGGUGGCCUUGGGCGAAGUGGUGCAGAGGAGCUACUGCCCAGCCCGGGUGGGUCAACGCAAGAUCAUCAUCAACAUCUACUGUUGCGCCACGGAUGAUGCGGUCUACAUCACCGAUCCGGGGGUGAGGAAGUGCGGCACCAUCAGCCUGGAAUUGGAGGAACUGGGCGAGCCCGGCUCGCCCAAGAAAAGCCGGCGGGAGAUCAGGGCCAGCAUGCAGUUUGGCGAUACGGAGAUCAAGGUGGCCGCCAUGGACGUGUGGACCUCCAAGACCGUGCGGGCGUCCAUCGACUUCCUCUCCAACUGAGGUCCAGAAGUGGAGAGGACUCUGGACUGGCAGAAGAUCAGAAGUUGGGAGACACCGUUCCUCAGUGUUGCGAGCCGCCGUUUGGUGACUCAAGAUUUAUGGAUUCAGCCCAAUCCGUUGGCCAAUUUUUGGGGUGGGUGGGUGGAUUUAGGUUACGAACCUGCCAAAAACAGCAAGGUGGAACUUCUCAUGGCCAACGGGCUGGUGGGGUGGGAUAACUGUUGGGAUGCACUGGGUCAAAAGUGGGGAAGCGCAGGCAAUUGUGGCCUUGGAAGGGUAACUUCUAAAGCUCUUGAGAUCUGAGAACAUCUCCCGUUUCUUCAAUGGUCAUCUUGGACCAGAGGUCUUUGGCUUCCCAAAAAAACCAGUUAUGGGUUCUGGAGUCCUAACUUGUCUAUAAAAAUGGAUAUUUGGA